AUGGCCACAGCCUGGAGGCUCCUCGCCUGGACCGUGACCCUCGGCCUGGCCGGGGGCGCCUUCCCCGGGUUCUCCUUCCAGUCACAAGAGGAAUUCCUCUCCAGCUUGGAUCACUAUGAGAUCGCCUUCCCCAUCCAAGUGGACCAGAACGGGGAUUUCCUCACCUUCGACAUGCGCCGGCAGCUGAAGCCGCGGCCCCGGCGCUCGCUGCCCUACGAGCCCUCGGAGCAGCAGGUCUUCUACAAAGUCUCUGCCCACCACACCCAGUUCCUGCUCAACCUGACCUUGCACUCCAACCUGCUGGCCGAGCACUUCACCGUGGAGUACUGGAAGAGGGACGGCAUGGACUGGCAGCACGACUUCCACGAGGACUGCCACUACGCCGGCCACCUGCAGGACCAGUACCUCAGCUCCAAGGUGGCCAUCAGCAACUGCAACGGGCUGCACGGCGUGAUCGUGGCGGAUGAGGAGGAAUAUUUCAUCGAGCCCCUGAGCCCCGGAGCCAACGUCAGCGCGGGGGCUGAGGGCAAGGGCAGCCCCCACGUCGUGUACAAGCGCUCCUCCCUGCAGUACCCUCACAUGGAUGCAGCCUGUGGAGUGAUGGACGAGAAGCCCUGGAAGGGGAGGCACUGGUGGCUGAGGACACUGAAACCCUCCCCUCUGAAGCCACCGGGCAACCACAGCCAGCGGGGGCAGCUGCCCCUCAAGAGGUCGGUGAGCACCGAGCGCUACGUGGAGACGCUGGUGGUGGCCGACAAGAUGAUGGUUGGGUACCACGGCCGCAGGGACAUCGAGCAGUACAUCCUGGCCAUCAUGAAUAUUGUUGCCAAACUUUUCCAGGACUCGAGUCUGGGCAAUAUUGUCAAUAUCCUGGUGACCCGGCUGAUCCUGCUCACCGAGGAUCAGCCCACGCUGGAGAUCAACCACCACGCUGGGAAAUCGCUGGACAGCUUCUGCAAGUGGCAGAAAUCCAUCGUGAACAGGAACGGCAACGGGAACGCCAUCCCUGAGAACGGCAUCGCCAAUCACGACACGGCCGUGCUGAUCACCAGGUACGACAUCUGCAUCUACAAGAACAAGCCCUGUGGCACCCUGGGCCUGGCCCCCGUGGGGGGGAUGUGUGAGCGGGAGAGGAGCUGCAGCAUCAACGAGGACAUCGGGCUGGCCACCGCCUUCACCAUCGCCCACGAGAUCGGCCACACGUUUGGCAUGAACCACGACGGGGUCGGCAACAGCUGCGGCUCGCGGGGGCAGGAGACGGCCAAGCUGAUGGCUGCUCACAUCACCAUGAAGACCAACCCCUUCGUGUGGUCCACCUGCAGCAGGGAUUACAUCACCAGCUUCCUGGACUCAGGGAUGGGACUGUGCCUGAACAACGCUCCCCCCAAGCAGGAUUUCAUCUACCCCACGGUGGCCCCGGGCCAGGCGUACGAUGCCGACGAGCAGUGCCGCUUCCAGUACGGAGUCAAAUCCCGCCAGUGUAAAUACGGGGAAGUCUGCAGCGAGCUGUGGUGUCUGAGCAAAAGCAAUCGCUGCAUCACCAACAGCAUCCCCGCGGCCGAGGGCACCAUCUGCCAGACCAACACCAUCGACAAGGGGUGGUGCUACAAGAGGGAGUGUGUGCCCUUUGGGACACGGCCAGAGGGCGUGGACGGAGCCUGGGGCUCCUGGUCAUCCUGGGGCGAGUGCAGCCGGACCUGCGGCGGCGGCGUGUCCUCGUCCGUGCGCCACUGCGACAGCCCCAGGCCCACGAUCGGAGGGAAGUACUGCCUGGGAGAGAGGAAGCGCUACCGCUCCUGCAACACCGACGACUGCCCGCCGGGCUCGCAGGAUUUCCGAGAGCUGCAGUGCGCCGAGUUCGACAACGUGCCCUUCCGAGGGAAGUACUACACCUGGAAAACCUACCGGGGAGGGGGUGUCAAGGCCUGUUCCCUCAACUGCCUGGCCGAGGGCUUCAACUUCUACACGGAGCGGGCGGCGGCCGUGGUGGAUGGGACCCCGUGCAGGCAGGACUCCAAUGACAUCUGUGUCAACGGGGAGUGCAAGCACGUGGGCUGUGACCGGGUGCUGGGCUCCGACUCCAAGGAGGACAAGUGCCGGGUGUGCGGGGGAGAUGGCAGCUCCUGCGAGACCAUCGAGGGCAUCUUCAACCAGUCCCUGCCCGAGGGAGGUUAUGAGGAGGUGAUCCAGAUCCCCAAGGGUUCUGUGCACAUCGACAUCCGGGAGCUGAACCUCUCCAUCAACUACCUGGCGCUGCGAGGGGAGAGUGGUGAAUAUUUCAUCAAUGGGAAGCUCUCCAUCGAUCCCCCCCGGCGCUUCGACAUCGCAGGCACCACCUUCCACUACAGGAGGUCCCCUGAGGAGCCCGAGUCACUGGAGGCUUUGGGGCCCACCAAUGUCACCCUCUUUGUCAUGGUGCUGGUGCGGACGGAGCUGCAGGGGAUCCGCUACAAGUUCAACGCUCCCAUGGGCAGGGACGGCUCCAGCCUGUACUCCUGGCACUACACCCCGUGGACCAAGUGCUCUGUGCUGUGUGCAGGGGGCAGCCAGAUCCAGUCUGUGGUGUGCAGGAAGCUCUCUGAUGGCUCCACCGUGCCCAACCACUUCUGCAGCGCUGACACCAGAGUGCCUGAGCGGCAGAGGAGCUGCAACACCGAGCCCUGUCCCCCGGCCUGGGCCAUUGGGAACUGGUCCGAGUGCAGCCGGAGCUGCAACGAGGGCGUCCGGACCCGCAGCGUCUUCUGCAAGAGGAAGAUCUCUGCCAGCGAGGAGAAAACCCUGGAUGACGCCUCCUGCAGCCAGCCACGGCCAAGGAUGCUGGAGCCCUGCAACAACCAAACGUGUCCUCCAGAGUGGGUGGCCCUGGACUGGUCAGAGUGCACCCCCAGCUGCGGGCCUGGCUUCCGCCACCGCAUCGUCCUGUGCAAGAGCGGCGACCACAGCGUGACCCUGCCCACGUCCCAGUGCCACGAGGCUGCCAAGCCCCCCACCAGCAUGAGGUGCAACCUGCGGCGCUGCCCCCCACCCCGCUGGGUCACCGGCGAGUGGGGAGAGUGCUCUGCCCAGUGUGGCCUGGGGCAGCAGAGGAGGUCUGUGCAGUGCCUGGCUCACACGGGGCAGCCGUCCCUGGAGUGUGUGGAGGCCCUGCAGCCCCCCGGGAUGCAGCAGUGCGAGACCAAGUGCGAGUCAGGGCCCACGGACAACCCUGAAGAGUGCAAGGAUGUGAACAAGGUGGCCUACUGCCCGCUCGUCCUCAAGUUCAAGUUCUGCAGCCGGACCUACUUCCGACAGAUGUGCUGUAAAACCUGCCAGGGGCACUAG